GUCGCGGCCUCCGCCGAUGCCUCUCAGCUUAGUCGUUCCGAGCUUAAGCUUAGUGCGCGCGCGUGUGGAAACUCGAGCGCUGGCGAAGCGACGAACCCGAAAAUGAUUUUGUGAGUGCCCUCCUCGUCCACGAUGCAAACCUCCGAGCCCAGCCUGGUGCCCCCCUGCAACGAGGCCCCCAAGCCCGACGUGCCCUUCAACCUGGAGAACAUCCUGCAGCGGUCCAUCCAGAACGUGGCCCUCUCGCUGCAGAACGCCAUGAUGAACUCGCUGCAGCAGGCGGCGCUCCUGCCCGCCAACUCCGCCGCCGCCGCCGCCCUCAACCUCCAGGCCCUGGAGUCCUACCUCACGCUCCAGCAGCUCGCCGCCCCCAACAACCGCAUCGACAUACUCAAGAUCGCGACAAGCACCGCCAAAAUCACCGAAGAGCCGGACACGAGUCUCACGGAGGACGUGGACCUCGCCGAGGAGGUGGAGGAGGACUUGGCGCUGUUGGAUAACGAGUUUCCGGUGCCGAGCUCGCCGAUCGACACGAGUUAUCCGAGUUUGAUUAUGAAUUCGGCGUACCAAGGUGGGGGUGGACAGGCUACGGCGACGACGUCCACCACCACCACGAAGAAGGGCUCCACGAGGCCGAAAAAACAGUUUAUUUGCAAGUUUUGCAAUAGACAGUUUACCAAGAGUUAUAAUUUGUUGAUUCAUGAGAGGACGCAUACGGACGAGAGGCCAUACUCUUGUGACAUAUGCGGGAAGGCCUUCAGGAGGCAGGAUCAUCUCAGGGAUCAUAGGUACAUCCACAGCAAGGAGAAGCCGUUCAAGUGCACGGAGUGCGGCAAGGGCUUCUGCCAGAGCCGGACUUUGGCCGUGCACAAGAUCCUCCACAUGGAGGAGUCGCCUCACAAGUGCCCCGUGUGCAGCCGGUCGUUCAAUCAGCGCUCGAAUCUCAAGACCCAUCUGCUCACCCAUACCGACAUCAAACCGUACAACUGCUCGGCCUGUGGGAAGGUGUUUCGAAGGAACUGUGAUCUGAGAAGGCACAGCCUGACCCACAAUCUGGGCACGAGCACCUCGACCGCGGCGACGGCCGGCGCCCAGAACUUCACCAUAGACUCGAUCAUGAGCAAGGACAAAAAGUGACCGUUGUUAUUUACUUAUUGUUGUACAUAGCUGUUGUAAAUUUAUUUAGAAUUUGUAAUAAAGUUUUUGUGGACGA